AUGUUUAAUCCGAGCCGCCAGAGGGCCAAGCAGAUAGUCAAUCCUUGUUGGCGCAUUGCACACCACAUUCUCACCACCAGCAUUUUUGGUCGGCCGUCCGUCAGCAUACCACAGGAGAGAUUCAUAUCGGGGGGGAUUAUUACCAUCAUAGGCCGAGCCGUCGGCGUGGAUUUUCCUGCCCUUGAUUACUUACCCGUUGAUCACUACCAGCCCAACUUCCUACUGGAUUGUUUCACUCUUGAGCGAGCGGAGAUGUUAGAGAUUCGGGGCAAUGACUCAUACAGUUGGCUUAACGGUGACAAGCAUCCGGUUUAUAUCCUCCCCAGUUGGGUUAGUGAUUCAUUCGCAUACGAUGACCCCGACACUUGGGUUCCACCGGAUCAAUUGACUCCAAUAGGUGCGCUACUCGACUCUGAGAACGAAGAAGAUGAAGAAGAGCUUCCCGAGGCAGAAUACCAUUUCGACCAGCCUCCUAUGCAGCAGUUGAUGUAUCAGCACGACCGCUUUCAAGCUCCUCCACAACAAUUUGAGUAG